AAGUUUUGGCCUUUUGGGGGUGCAAAAUGUGAAAGUUGCUCGAAGAGCUUCAAGUUUUUAUUCUUUUUUACUGAAAAAAGGAGCCGAAAGAAAAGAAGAAAUAUCAUCAACGUUCAUAUUCGGUCCCUCAAGUUGUCUGUUUGCGCAAUUUUGAGCGUUUAAGGUUGAGAGCAGAAGUCGCUGCAGAGCUUUUAACACAUGUCACUAACCCAACACAUUAGACUAGCGAUUCUUGCGGACUCGUGUAAUAAAAGAGAGAGAAAAUAACAAAAACAAAAAGUUAAUGUAAAAGUUUGUCUGUAAGUAGCACCACUUUGUGAAAAUCUUUCUUCCCUCUAGGAAAAGAAAAUUAGAAGGAUAGAGAGAGAAAACAAAAGAAAAUGAAAACUUUUCCAUAUAAAGAUAUCUUAUGUUUCAGAUGGCCCUUUUCUGGGUCUUAAAAAGAACAAAAAAAAUAUUUUUUUUGGGGGGGUGGGGUCAAAGUUAUGUUACUAAAGAACAGGGCUUUAAUGUUAUAGAAACCACUACAAAGUUUCAUUUGUUUGCUUUGCUUUCUGUCUAUCACAUUGUUGUUUGGUUUGGUGUAUUUGCUUGUUUUGAGAGUGUUCAUGGCUGAUGUUAAUCACCAUAAACAUGGUACUUUAAGUGAGAACUCCUCUGAUUCUGGUGACAAGCCGGAUAAGAACUCAGAAGAUGUGGUUGUUCAAGCAAGACAUAAAAGACGAGGGGCUACGAUUUCUUCAUAUGCAUCGGCCCAAGAUUUGAGGGCUCCGGAUGCGGAAAAUGAGAAAAAAGAUGGAUCAUCUCCUAAAGGAGUUAUAGAAGCCAGCUUAGAAGGCUUGGAAUCUGAUAUAGCUUCUCCUGAAGACAGCCCCAAGGCAGAAGUUCGUUGUGCACAUGCAGGAGCUCUUUCUAACUGGAGAAAGCUCUUCAAACUAUGGAAAAGAAAAUCGGAAAAGCCCUUUUCUACCUUCCCACAACUUGCUGUUCCAAGGCUUUCGAGAAAGAACAACAGGAGCAAACAGGGGAAUCCUAUGCUGAGAAAAUUAUACAACUUCAAGUCUUCUUUAGAGAACUUCAGCCUAUCACAGCUCCGAGCUGCAACAGACAACUUUAACCGAGAGAACAUAAUUGGAAGGGGUGGUUAUGCUGAAGUCUACAAGGGUCGGUUGAAGGACGGAAAGCUCAUAGCAAUAAAGCGGCUGACAAAAGGGGCACCAGAUGAGAGGACAGCUGGUUUCCUAUCAGAGCUUGGCAUUAUAGCCCAUGUAAACCAUCCAAACACUGCCAAGUUGAUUGGAUGUUGCGUUGAGGGAGGAAUGCACCUUGUUUUUCAGUUAUCUCCAUUGGGGAAUUUGCGUUCAGCUCUUCAUGGUUUGAAAGGUACACUCGAUUGGAGUAAAAGGUAUAAGAUUGCUUUGGGUACUGCAGAUGGUCUCACAUAUCUUCACGAGACCUGUGAAAGACGGAUUAUUCAUAGAGAUAUCAAGGCUGAUAAUAUUCUUCUUACUGAGAACUUUGAGCCUCAGAUUUGCGAUUUCGGCCUUGCCAAGUGGCUACCUAGACAGUGGACUCACUACAACGUUUCAAAGUUUGAAGGCACUUUCGGAUGCAGCUACUUUGCACCCGAAUACUUCAUGCAUGGCAUAGUUGAUGAGAAAACUGAUGUCUAUGCAUUCGGAGUUCUGCUCUUGGAGCUCAUAACAGGAAGGAAAGCUUUAGAUGAUCAACAGCAAAGUGUCGUAAUAUGGGCAAAGCCUCUUCUCGAUGAGAACGAUAUCAAAGAGCUUGUAGAUCCUUCCCUGGGUGACAAUUAUGACGUGGAGGAGGUUGAACGCAUGGUUUUGACUGCAUCUCUGUGCAUUGAGCAGUCUCCUCUUCUUCGUCCUCAAAUGAGUCAGGUUGUGAUAUUGCUGAGGGGUGAUGAUUAUGUAGCAGAAUGUUCCAACGAAUCCCAACAUCCAUCCCACCAAAGAACAUACUCGAAUGAGAUCCGGGACACACAAGAAUACAACUCAACGAAACAUAUCAACAAUAUCAAUCGACUUCGGGAGAUUGCUUUAGGUUCUUAAAAAAGAAAAAAGCUGCUUAUAACUUUGUUUCAAAAAAAGGAAAAAUUUGGUACUGUGUUUCAUGGCAUUUGGAAACAUGGGUUGUUCCAAAUUUCAUGUGAAACAGUACAUCAAAAAUCAAAUUUCCUCAGUUUGUAAUGUAUAUAUGUAAGGCUUGAACUAAAACUUGUAAGGAAGUUGAAACUAUAUAUAUAUAUAAGUUUUUUAA